UUCCUGCGUGUCCCCAACUGUCACCUGGGCGUGUUUGUCACCCAGAGUGUCCCUGGAGUGUACCCAGUGGCCAUGGAGCCCCUCGAGCUGUCCUCGGCCCUGCUGCAGCCACAGGUCACCGUGGUGGCCAUCCUGGGUGAGCUGGUGACCACCCUGCCCAGUCAGGACAAGAUGCUGUUCUGGUCUCCAAGCUGCCUGUACUGGGACCUGGAGUUCUUCACCAGGGAGCUCUGGCUCACCCUGUACCGCAUUGAUGACCCCUGGUGGCGCCAAGAUGUCACCUCCGAUGGUGAUGACCCUCCCACCUCCCUGAGCCAGGCCCUGGCCGCCUACAAGAGCAUCCCAUGGAUCGCCUGGUUAGCUGCAGGAUGUGCUGCCGGUGAGUGGCUGUGUUCAGUGUCUGCGCUUGUGAACAGGUGGGCCAGGCUGGCCAGGGCAGCCACCGAGCUCCGCAGCGCCUGGAGGGAGGUGGCCAACAAGGCGGCCGAUAGGGCGGCCACUGCCACCCCCUGGGCCAGGGAGCUGCAGGCCGAGGCUGCCCGUUAUGGGACAGCUCAGGAAAACAGGGUGAAAGUGGGUCAGGCCCUGGGCGGGGAGGAGGGGGACGAGGUGGUGGCCAGGCAGGAAGCCCAGGUGAGGAGAGAGGCCAUGAUGGCUGCCAGCUGGGCAACAACAGCUACCAUGGAGAGACAGCAGAUGGAGGCGGCCCUGGGGCUGCUGGAGCGCUUGGUGGCUGCAUGUGACGAAGCCACUGUGUUUCCCCAGGAGCUGCAGCGUCUGCUCAGGGACACUCUGGCUGACCCGAAGGAGACAAAGAAGCAGUCCACCAAUGUCCCAGAGGACUUGGUGGAUGAGGCUGCGCAGCUGUGGGAGGCCAACACCCGCCUGGUCAAGGAUCACCUGCUGGGGACACUUCAAGACAUCAUCGACUUCUAUUUCACUGGUGCUCCCACACGCCUCAGUGCCUGUGAGGUGGCCGAGCGGUGCCAAAGAGCCAUCGAGGACAUCCCAAGGCUCGUUCAACCCCCGGAGCAUCCCCAGAGUGCCCCGAAAAUAUCCGCAGUGAGCAUGGAGCCCCAGAAGCUAUCCCCAGCCCUGCUGCAGCCACAGGUCACUGUGGUUGCCACCCUGGGUGAGCUGCUGGCCACCCUGCCCAGGUGGGAUGAGGAGAUGCUGCUGCCCAUGUCCCUACGGUGCCUCUACAGGGACCUGGAGGAAUUCACCGAGGAGCUCCAGUACAGACUGUACUGCACUGAUAACCCCUGGUGGCACCGCAGUGGCACCUUCGAUGAUGAUGACCUUCCCAUCUCCCUGAGCCAGGCCCUGGCUGCCUACAAGAGCACCCCAUGGACCUCCUGGAAGCGUGUGACAGUGGCGGCCAGUGAGUGGCAGGGGUCAGUGGCUGAGCUUGUGGACAGGUGGGCCCAGCUGGCUAGGGCAGCCACCGAGCUCGGCAACACCUGCAGGGAGGUGGCCAAUGAGGCGUCUGACAUGGUAGUCACCGCCACUGCCCAGGCCAGGGAGCUGCAAGACAAUGCUGCCCUUGAUGGGACAGCUCAGGAAAACAUGGUGGAGCUGGGUCAGGCCCUGGCCGGGGAGGAGGGGGCUGAGGUGGUGGCCAGGCAGGAAGCCUGGGUGAGGAGAGAUGCCUGGGUGGCUGCCAGCAAGGCAAGAAGGGCCACCAUGGUGAGACAGCGGGUGGAGGCGUCCCUGGGACUGCUGGAGCGCUUGGUGGCCGCGUGUGACGAAGCUGCUGCGUUCCCCCUGGAGCUGCAGCGCAGGGUUAGGGACAUCAAGGCUGCCCUGAAGGGGACAAAUGAGGCACCCACCAAUGUCCCCGAGGCCUUGGUGGCCAAGGUGGCCGUGGCCGAGCGGCUGUGGGAGGCCAAUGCCUGCCUGGUCAAGGAUCACCUGGCUGACACACUUUGCGACAUCUUUAACUUUGCUUUCGAUGGUGGUCCCUUCAUUCUCUGUGAGGUGGCCAAGCGGUGCCAAAGAGCCUUCGAGGACAUCCCAAGGCUCAUUCGACCCCCAGAGGAUCCCUGUGAUGUCCCCAAGGUGUUCCCAGUCAGCAUGGAGCUUCAAGAGCCACAGGUCAGCAUUGUGGCAGCCCUGGGCGAGCUGCUGGCCACCCUGCCCAGAGGGAGAGAGACGCUGCCCAUGUCCCAAGGUGCCUGCCCUGGCCGCCUACAAGAGCACCCCAUGGACCACCUGGGAUGUGUGACAAUGGCAGCCAGCAUGUGGCAGUGGUCGGUGUCAGUGCUUGGGAACAGCUGGGUCCAGCUGGCCAGGGCAGCCACCAAACUCCCCUACACCUGCAGGGAGGUGGCCACUGAGGCGGCCGACAUGGUGGCCACUGCCACUGCCUGGGCAAGAGAGCUGCAGGAUGAGGUUGCCCAUUAUGGGACUGGUCAGAAAAACAUGGUGGAGCUGGGUCAGGCCCUGGGCAGGAAGGAGGGGGCCGAGGCACUGAACAUGCAUGAAGCCUGGGUGUGGGAAGAGGCCAGGGAGGCUGCCAGCCGGGCAAGAAGGGCCACCAUGGUGAGACAGCGGGUGGAGGUGGCCCUGGGGCUGCUGGAGCGCUUGGUGGCCGCGUGUGACGAAGCCGCCAUGUUCCCCCGAGAGCUGCAGCGCAGGGUUGGGGACAUCGUGGCCACCCUGAAGGGGACAAAUGAGGCAUCCCCCAAUGUCCCUGAGGCCUUGGUGGCCAAGGUGGCUGUGGCCGAAUGGCUGUGGGAGGCCAACGCCCGCCUGGCCAAGGGUCAUCUGUUGGGGGCAGUUCCAGACACCAUCAAGUUCUAUUUCGAUGGUUGUCCCGACAGCCCCAGUGCCUGUGGGGUGGCUGAGAGGUGCCAAAGAGCCAUCGAGGACAUCCCAAGUCUCCUUCAUCCCCUGGAGUGUCCCCAAGGUGUCCCCAAGGUGUCCCCAGGGAGCAUGGAGCUCCAAGAGCUGUCCCCUCUACAGCUACAGGCACUUGUGGCCGUGGUGGCCACCCUGGGCGAGGUGGUAGCCACUGUGACCGGGCCACACAGGGAAAAGUUCCUGCAUGAGUCCUCUGACUCCCUGCAUGAGGACCUGAAGAAUUCACCCGGAGCCUUCAUGCGAUCCUGGACCACGGCGGUGUCACCUCCCUGGCCACCGUGUGUGAGAGCUGCAGCCAGUGCCUGGUGGGAGUUGGUGGCCAGGCUCGUGGACAGAUGGGACUGGCUGGCCAGGGUGGCCACCGAGCUCCAUGACAACCACAGGAAGGUUGUCAUGGAGCAGCACCUGUUGGGGGCCCUGGACAAGGAGGAGGUGGCCAGGGAAAUGGCCACACACGAUGCCCAGGUGGUGUCAGCCACCAAUGAGGCCAUGGCAGAGGCUGGGGUGGCCACCAGGAGAGGACAUUGGGCAGUGAUGGCCCUGGGGCUGCUGCAGCGCUUGGUGGCCACGUGUGACAGAGCCACCUUGUUCAACUGGAACAUGGAGUGCCAGCUCAAGGACAUCGAAGCCAUCCUGAAGGGGACAAAUGAGAUGUCCCCUGAUGUCCUCCAGGCCUUGGUGGCCAAAGUGGCCAAGUUUGAGGGCUCUAUCUCCUUCACAGCUGGAGGCAGUGGUGGCUGUGGUGGCCACCCUGGGCAACCUGUUAGCCGCCAUGACCAGGCCACACAGGGCCAAGUGCCUGCACAGUCCCCAAACUCCCUGCAUGAGGACAUGAGGAGACUCACCUGGAGCCUCUGUAGGACCGUGAACCACGGCAGUGUCACCUCCUUGGGCCACCCUGGUGUCCCCUCCCUGGGCCGGGCCCUGGCCACCCUCAGAGAAUCCUGGGACCACCUGGGCCGAUGUGACAGCUGUGACCAGCGCCUGGCAGAA